UGCACGCGCGCUUCGUGCACGUACUACAUGCCUCGUCGCUCGCUGCUGCUAUCGUCAUUAUGUGGUUUCGAACACCACCCAUCAUGGAUGCAGGGAACAUAGGAGGCAUCCCUGGACCGAUUUCUCCGCGAAGGAACCAUACCCGCUGCUCCAGGUGUGCGCGUGCGAUGGGCAUCAUAUCCGUCGCUGUUGUCCUCUUGGGGGCAGUGCUCUACGCGGUCUUUUCGCUUCUCGGGUUCAAAACAGCGAUAUCCACCGAUCAGGAUACCGUCUGCAGUUCUCCUUCCUGUUUACACCUCGCAGAAGCCCUCGGCAGAAGUCUCAACUCGAGUGCUAACCCUUGUGCCGACUUCUUCCAGUUCGCCUGCGGGGUCUCCGCAAAGGAAGACGUCUUCGAAACAAGUUCAGCGAAAGUCCUUGAGGCUGCUCGGGAUGCGCUAACAUCUUCCGUGAACAUCUCGAAUGACCCGCACAAGCUACUGCAGAAGGCUUCGCAGUUAUACCAGGAAUGCGGAGACGUCCGACGUAAGAACAGAAAAGAUGCUCGGGACCUCCUGUUCUUUCUGAAACAAAGAAGACUGGACUUAAGCGGAGAACCGGACGUCGAACCGUUGGAUGUUGCAUUGUCUUUGGAUUUGCGAUAUGGUUUGAAGACUCUGUUCGAUAUAUCUGUUCUCGAUGGAUAUUUGGUUAUACGGAAGAGGUCCAACCUUGCAGCGUGGAUUGCGCGUAAAAGUAAGCUCGUUCAACAAGGUUCUUACGAAACGUACAUCGAGCACGUUUUUACGACGUUAGAUUUCAGAAAUGGCACUCGGACAAGUGAGAUAGUGGACUUAGUUUUGAAGACUGACGAAAUCGUUCUGAGCCUUCUAAGUUUCCACUCCAAAGUGACGGAAGGUGCCAGCUAUAAUACCAUAUUCAUAUACAACGCAACAAACACACUCGUGCUGAGGAAACCCGGCUGGAAAACCCAUUUUCAAAAACACUACGAUCGAGUUGUUACAAGGCAGCCAGUGCUUGAUUAUCUGGAAGCCUUGUUCGCACAGACGACUUCAACAUCUCUCGUCACAUAUGUCAUCUGGGAGGCCGUACGUCAGAUGGGUCCUUUCACGGAUUACAGACUAAUACCAGAGGACGAGGACUUGGACGCCACUGGUCAACGCUGUUUCGAAGCAGUCAUGACCGUUCUAGGGGUUCCCGUACUAUCAUACGUUUUGGCGGAAGGCGUGAAGGCAAGUUCAAUUCUCUCGGCAAAGACUCUAUUCCACAAAGUGGUACAGUCGUUCUAUUCCGCGACGAACCUAACGUUGCUAAGAGAUUUUUCCAUCGACAUCGUCAACAGUGGUGAGCUUCUGGCGAGUCAAAGCAUAGCAGAUAGGUACGAAGACUUGGCAGAAGUGCGCCAACCAUUCCUGAUGUCUUACCUCCGUGCUUUGGCCGUAGUCCGUCAACAAGAACUCGAAAGCAUCGAUGCUCUGGGGCAGUUCGUGAAAUCUGAGCAUCUAUUCGGCUAUAAGAUAUUGUACGACAAGCAGCGGAAGCUCUUUACUGUGCCGACGUCACUUUUACGUGAUCCGUUCUUUGCCGAGGACGCGCCUCCGGGAGUCCGGUUUGGAGGUCUUGGAAGGAUUAUCGCACGCGGUCUCGGAAGUUCCCUGCCGAAGAAUCUUGGUGUGACCGCCUGUCUGCGUCACAUGAGCAACGAGCGCGUCAAGGAAGAUAUUAUAACGGACACUGUCGUCAUCAACACAUUAUACGACGCCUUCAAGCCCCGCAGUAACAGUCUUGUGGAGAGUGCCGAGAUGCUUCGUCAGGACGGUCUCUUCUUUCUGGCCUACUGUCAUCUCUGGUGCAACGCUCAAGAUGCUAGCCCAGCCGCGUGUAAUUUGCCCUUGAUGAACUCUGUCAAGUUCUCGCAUGCGUUUCGUUGUCCUGCGGGUUCAGCGAUGGCCCCUGCUAAGAUCUGCUUAGCGAAUGAGACCGCACGUGCUGGGCUGGGAAAUUCCCGCGUGUUUUGGUGGAAGCAAUGACAACUGCAGCGUGAUUGCAAUAUAUGCACGAUUAACAACCACAUACAUAUACUUGCAUACAAAGUGGAGAGUGGCAGGA